AUGUUAUUCGGUACGACUGGUUAUACAAAAUUAACCGAUUUUGGAUUUGCUAAAAUUGUUUCCAGUCGAAUCUACACUCUCUGUGGUACCGCACAGUAUCUGGUACCUGAAAUAUUAUCACAAAAAGGAUAUGGUAAAGGAGUGGACUGGUGGACGGACGCUUGGUGUUUUCAUUUACAAAGAGAGUAUAAAUUUUCAAAAUAUUUUAGUGAUUAUUGUCGAGAUUUAAUUCGUCAUUUAUUACAAUCUGAUACAUCUCGACGCUUUGGAUGCCUAUCAAAUGGUACCAGUGAUAUUAAAUCUCAUAAAUGGUUUAAAAAUAUGAAUUGGAUAGCAUUAUAUCAUAAAAAUAUUAGACCAGAAUAUGUACCGCAAAUACUAGAAAGACAUGAAUUAGAGUUUUUUGAAAAUAAAACAGAAUUAAAUAUACAAAAGUCGCCAACAAUGUUAUUCCCAGAAGAAUUUGAAGAUUUUUGA